AUGAAAAAAAGGGAUAAAAUAACUAUCAUGGAUCUUAUCCUUUUGUGGGUCUUUAAGGUCAUAAAACAGUUUAUAGAUCGGAUUAAUUCCACCAACGAUCCAAAUCGCAGGAAGGUUAUGACCCCAGCUGUUGCUACCCGGUUUCUACUAGCUCGAAAAUACGACAUUACACGAGCAAUUUCACUUUAUGAGCAGCAUGAAUUGAUUCGGCAACGGGAAGGCUUAUACGACCUCGAUCCACUGGUCAAUCCGCUCCGUUCGGAGCUGGAAACUGGAAAGUUUACUAUUUUGCCGGAACGAGAUGGAAGUGGAGCAGCAAUCGCCUUGUUCACAGCCAAUCUUCACUAUCCUAUGACUGUAACACAUAAAACUACGUUGCAGGGUGUUGUUUAUCAGUUGGACGUCGCUUUGCAAAGCACAGAAACACAGAAAGCAGGGCUAGUAUUCAUUUAUGACAUGAGUACAUCGAAAUAUUCCAAUUUUGAUUACGACUUGUCGCAAAAGAUCCUGACGCUUCUCAAAGGAGGAUAUCCUGCACGAUUGAAGAAAGUUCUGAUCGUAACAGCUCCACUUUGGUUUAAAGCACCAUUCAAAAUUCUCCGGUUGUUUGUGCGAGAAAAAUUACGUGAACGUGUUUUUACUGUGUCGAUACCGCAGCUUAGUUUGCAUGUUCCCCGCGACUCACUACCCGUGCGGUUAGGAGGUAGCCUUGAAGUUAAUCAUUCCUCAUGGUUAUUACAUUGCUAUAAAUCGAUGACGAACCGUGAAGAGGAAAUUAUUGUAGCAUCGGACCUACAGCAAAGGAAAUUACAGGAUUCGCAAUUCCACUGUUCGUCAACGGUGGAACUGGUUGGAACGGUAAGCGGUAGUAGCAGUACUGUGAUGGGAACUGCUAGCAUAGCUGCAAUAAUCAGUGGUACAGGCACAUUGGAAACAACACACCAUUCUUCAACGAUAAAGAGCACAGAGUCGGAACUAGCAAAUGUGGAUUUCAAUUUGACUCAUAACCAUUUAAUAGCAUCGCCCAGCAAUACCAGUACCCUGUUGGUGGAGAAUUACAUAAGCGUGGACGAUAUAACCGAAAUUCCCACUGCAGUGGAAACAACUCAACAAAAUAUACCUGGUAAUGUGAAUCAUCAUCACACCAACAGUAGUGAGCUUUGGUCAGAAAAUCCACCAAGCAGUGCAUCUUCAGGUUUUAGUGACGAUGAUAGUUUAGCCGGUACAGAAGGAGAUCCUAAAACGAUCGAGCAGAUUGUACAAAUGGUUCAAGAACGUGGCAAAAUGGGUUUGAUUCGGGAAUAUACUGAAAUCAAAGCACGCGCUCCAGAUGGUACCUUCACGAAUGCAAAGUUAAGGAAUAAUCUAGCAAAAAAUCGUUACACUGAUGUGCUCUGUUACGAUCACAGUCGUGUAGUAUUGUCUCUCGAAGAUGAUGAUCCCUCCACUGAUUACAUCAAUGCCAAUUUUGUCGAUGGGUACAAACAAAAAAACGCGUACAUUUCUACACAGGGACCAUUGCCAAAGACAUCGUAUGAUUUUUGGCGCAUGGUUUGGGAACAGCACUGUCUUUUGAUUGUAAUGACGACAAGAGUAAUGGAACGUGGUCGCGCCAAAUGCGGACAAUAUUGGGAAACAACAGAAGGUAGUAUCGCUGAGUAUGGCUGUUUUCAAGUUCGAAAUUUGUCCAUAGAAACUAAUGAAGAUUACACAGUAGCGGAUUUGGAAAUAAAAAACUCUAAGACUGAUGAAGUAAGGUGCGUAUCACAUUGGCAGUUUACCAGUUGGCCCGAUUAUGGAGUGCCCUCGUCGGCAAAAGCCAUGCUAAAUUUUCUGCAACGUGCGCGCGAAAAACAAACUGAAAUGGUUAGAUCCCUGGGCGACUUAUGGGCUGGCCACCCACGAGGUCCUCCAAUAGUAGUGCAUUGCAGCGCCGGAAUCGGUAGAACUGGAACCUUUAUAACACUGGACAUCUGUAUAUCACGCCUGGAAGAUGUCGGUACGGCCGAUAUUAAGGGCACAGUGGAGAAAAUACGUUCGCAACGGGCGUAUUCUAUACAGAUGCCAGAUCAGUACGUGUUUUGCCAUUUGGCGCUUAUUGAAUAUGCUCUCUCUCGUUCCAUGCUAAAAUCUGUAGAUCUAUCAGAGUUUGAAGAUCGAGAAGAAGAAUCCGAUUAAAUAAUUCAAUCGUGUGUAUGUGUGCAUGUGUGUGGGUGAACUUCGACAUUAAUAUAAACUAGAUGCAGUAUGCUGAAAAGGAGCAUAUUUCGAUGCUGGAACGUAUGAUGGUCUGUACAGUAGGUAAACUAAUUAAUUUAACAAACGCGUUUUUUGCAACAAUUUACGUUUCAUUUAUUUGUGAUUAAAUACAUACAAACAAUUUUGCUAAGCAUGAGUGUGUCACAACUCAAAUCAUUUUUUCAUUAUGUGUUUCUUCCUGUUGGGCAAAAUAGCUUAUGAGCAAAAAUUCACAAUCGGGAUUAUUAAGUCUUUGAAUAAAAAAACAUGAUGUGAGAAUAAAUUUAUUGUAAGUAUUAAAUUUUAAUCAAUAGCAUUUUCUUUGGCUUUGUGAAAUAAGUAGUUAAAUACCAAUCUGUUGGUAUGUUCUCUAAUUUAUUUAUGUUACACUAUCUUAUUAUUAGCUCACGAAUUUCGAUAAUACUCGAUUUUUUGUGUAGCAUUUGUUCGUGAUUUUUCUAUCAAGGAAGAAACAGCACCUAUUAACCAGGUUCUAGUAAUUUCUCAGAUUUGGAUUAAUUAUAACUGUAACGCUUAAUUACCAUAGGGUAUACGUCAAAAACUACAAGUAGAUUUCAUUCUUUCUCUAAUCAUGAAUAGUUCCAAAAAUUGUAUUAUAAUUGAAGCUAAUCUUUUGAAGUAGUUGUAAUUUAUGAGGAAAUAAAGAACGAAUCAAAAAUAUUCCUGUCCAGGAAAAACAAAUUUUAAAUGUAGUGGGAUGGAGAAGGGCGAAGAUCAAAUGAAGAGAACUUUAAAAAACAAUUACAAUAAAAAAAAUCUGAAGUAACUGGUUCCUAUUUAUUAUAACGUGCUUGUAUACGCACGCAGCGACCAACGAUAACCGCAAAAGGGAGAAUAAUUGAUUUGAAUGGCGAUGAAUAGGGUAAAGGUUGGAUGGGUGCAUAGUAGAAUAUACCCAGUAGGUUAACUGGCAACGAAGGGUAAGUGAAUGGAAGCGGGGUAGUGGCAAUGGCUGUAGUAAGGAACCUAUAAAAAAUGGAAUCUUCGUCAAUGUAAAGAGAACUCUAACGAAAUAGAACUCGCCCAAUCGCUUUUGUUACGAUACGUAGAAUAAAUGUUAAAAAAACAAAAAUGGAGCUCCGGAUUUAAGACGAACUUCAAAAUCCUUUUUAGAAGUCAGUGUGAAAGA